AACCGAGAGAUCUAACCUAAACCGAAAAUUAAACGCUACGAUUGAUCUCGAAAAUGUGGCACCCGCCGUGCGAUACACCGAUGGAGAGAAAUGUUGCAGAGUGCAGCGAGGACAAACGCGAAGAGAAAGGAGAAACGGACUCUGGAUUCCUGUCUAGCGGUAAUCUAUUGGUAAGCUCGGAAAUCUGCGAGCAGGAGGCGACGGAUGCUGCUGUAACCGCGCCCGCUGCACCGGAACCAAUGAGGGUGGACAGCGGCGUCGAUUUCAGGCUCAGCGAGAGCCUAAGCCAGCUGAGCCUAAAACAAGUCACCCUGAACCCUCUGGCCAGUGACAGGGUUCAAGCUGAGCCAACGUUCGAGCUGACACCCGUCACCUCGGAGAAGCUCGAGCAACGAGAGAUCGAGGCGUUGCGAAUCAACGACUCGCAACGCGAGAUUGAGAAACCGAUCGAACUCGACUGGCAGAUCUAUUACACACAGGAUGACGACGGCGAUACGCAGCUGCACAUUGCGAUCGUGCAGGGCUUCCUGGAGGCUGCGUUCAGCCUCAUAAGGAUGGCACCGCACUGCUGCCUAUUGAACAUACUGAACGACGACGGGCAGUCCCCGUUGCACCUGGCCGUGUUGACGAGACAGCCGAGGAUAGUGCGACGUCUCAUCCUGGCAGGUGCAAAUCCCUCGCUGAGGAACUUUCGCGGGAACACGGCCCUUCAUCUGGCUUGCGCGACCAGCGAUCUGGCCUCAGCCAUGGCCCUCACCGAUUCGUUGACACCCUUAGAGAGGAACUACCUUCUGCCCGGAGGAAAAGUGCCGGCCCUGCCGCAGAAUCUCGAGCAACGAAACUACGACGGCGAAAUGUGUCUGCACAUAGCAGCCGCCUCGGGCCAAGUGGAACUGGUACGGCUUCUGCUUCGUUUCGGAGCGGAUCUGGAAGCCAAGGAAGCGUUGGCAGGGAAGACGGCGCUACACCUUGCCGUGGAACGCGGCUGUCGAUCAGUGGUCGCGUUUCUGUUGAAGGAGUGCAGGCCCUGCUUGGACUCUCAGACGUACGCUGGCAUCACGGCCUACCAGAUCGCCUUGUGCUUGGACUCGCAGAUCGCCAGCGAGUUGGUGAGAGAGGGUGCGACGCCGGAACCGCUGCCAGAGUCGGACUCGGACAGCAGCGACGACGAAGAUGUAAUCGUCGCGGCUAAUUACAUGCCAGCGAUCGCUAGACUCAGGCAGAACGUGGUCGGAGUCAAAGUGUAGGAUUCGAUCGAUUGCUACGAAAUUUAUACCCAGACUUGUUGCCGGAUCGCGACCGGUUCAGGACCGUCCCAACACCGGAAAAUUUAGGGUAUCCGGGGGAUCAGAUUAUAAGUAUUAUAAACGGACGGUGUCGAUGCGAUGAUAAUUCGAGGAACGAUGGACGAUCGGCGAUCAUUGUAAACCGGAGAUUUUCUCGGGACAAUGUGAAUAGGUGCCUCUGUGAGGAACAAGUAUUUCGAGGAACGAAUACGAAUGGGAACAAUGCGGAGAGGUAUCGGAUAGAAAUUUGCGCUUAAGGAGAUCCUAAGAUCUCGAUUGUGUAAAUAUGAGGAUCAAUGUUUGGGUUGCGAGAGUGAGAGAGAAUGGGAGAGAGUAAAUGGCGUCGAAGCGAGAUAGCUAGCAAUAGUAUAUAUUGUAUUCGAACGUUCGUGUUUUUUAAGCUGUACAUACGUAUACAUAUUUAUGCUAGAAAGAGACCGAGAUAACAUUUAACGAGUAGAGAUAUUUAUCAGGGGGAGAGAGACUUGCUCUCUUGACCGUGCCCUGUUGUACAUAGUCCUUUCUUCUGUUAGUCAAAACUUCUAAAGAGACGUGGAGCGUGCCCUCUCCGUGUCAACGAACAUUACAGAUAAUAUCCGAACACCGUUAUCUAACGUGUCCACGAUCAUUUCUUUCUUUUAGCAAUAAAAGUCCUUCGAUGAAAAUUGAACUGUUGCGAAAUGUUUUUAUAUUGUCGCGGAGGCGUGACGAAUGGGGUUAGCAGGGGCAACGAAAGCAUUUAUAGCGUAUGCAAAUGUGUGAAACACGACGAAGGAAAAAGAUUAACGUAUAUCCAA